CAGCAUGAAUUACAGAAUGAAUUGAAGCAUAAUAAACUCUCGUCCUCCUUCAGCAUCUACGCCAUCGGUGACGUGGUCGCCGGCCCGAUGUUGGCCCACAAGGCCGAGGACGAGGGCAUCAUCUGUGUGGAGGGAAUCGCCGGCGGCGCCGUGCACAUCGACUACAACUGUGUUCCCUCCGUCAUCUACACGCACCCAGAGGUGGCCUGGGUGGGCAAGACGGAGGAGCAGAUCAAAGAGGAGGGUGUCCCGUACAAAGUCGGCAAGUUCCCUUUCGCCGCCAACAGCCGAGCCAAGACCAACGCCGACACUGACGGCAUGGUGAAGAUCAUCGCCCACAAGGAGACGGACAGGAUGCUGGGAGCUCACAUCGUGGGAACUGGGGCCGGAGACAUGAUCAACGAAGCUGCUUUGGCCAUGGAGUACGGAGCUUCCUGUGAGGACAUCGCCAGAGUCUGCCACGCCCACCCUACGGUGUCGGAGGCCUUCAGAGAAGCGAACCUCGCCGCCUCCUUCGGCAAAGCGAUCAACUUCUGAUCUCCUGCCAUCUCACCUUCAGUGUACAUAACAAGAGGAGGAAGCAGGAACCGGGAAGCUUCAUCCAGACCCAGCGGAUCCUCUGUGUUCAUCCAAACUGUCCCACAUUUAUAUCUGAUCUUAUUUAAAUGUUCUCAAUAAAACCACCACGGAGAGUCCAACACAUAGUUUAAAGAGCGUAUUAUUCAUUUACAGGACUUAGAGGUAUAAAUAUACAUAUAAAUAUUAUCUUUGGCUGGGCGGCUUUCUCCUGUAAAGGAAGGUUUUUGUGUUUUUACAGAUUUUAACACCACAAAUAUGACGUGUGAUCACAGCAGGAAACUCUUUACAGUUUAAAGGUGAAAUCAAAUGUUGAGCUUCAGUCAGCAGCUGUUUCAACGCUGGAUUAUAUAUAUAUAUAUAUAUGUAUGUAUAUAUAUGUGUGUAUAUAUAUGCGUAUGUAUAUAUGUAUAUGUAUAUGUGUGUGUGUGUGUGUGUGUAUGUAUGUAUAUAUAUAUGAAAACAAGAAACGCAGAAGAAGCUUUUUAAACAGAAGGGACAUAUUAAGUAUUUUAAACCUCUUUUAAAUACUUUGUUUCCCCAAAAUCAAUACAUUUAAUGAACUUAAAUGUAACAGGUUAAGUCCCAGUGAGGCGGGAAGCUAAGAUAUACAAGUUGCAGACGAAACAAAAUCAUUUUAUUUUUUGGGUCAUAACUGAGCAAUUCUCCGAGAUGUGGUUGAAAGCUCCGGGAAGAAGCCAGUAAGUGCACCUUGAGUUUGAAGAUUAUUUCUGAUCUGAUUUAAAGUUGAGUUUUGAAUUGAAGGAACAAAAUGAGGAUUAAGAUUUUAAUAGUUCAGCUGAUUUAUUUAUGAAACGCAGUAUUUGGCUUUGAACUCUUUAAAGGUUCCAUGUGGAGUUGUUAACCCUUUAUUGGCGCCAUGGAGCCCGUCUUCUGUCUGGAGCCGUGAGACGCCACGAUUAAAGUCCAUGAAGAAGAAGACGAGCUGGUGAACAGUUCAGAACUUAAGAUCUGCUCCUUUAAAGGCUCCACAUGGCUCCUCUAAGAACAACGUCAUGGAGCUCAGCGUUGAUUCACCUUAGAGGAGGCGGGACUUCAGGGGAAGAGUUUCCUGCUCUGAUUGCUGCGCUGUGAUUGGCUCCGGCCUGCUCUCGUUUAUCUCAUCAACUAAUCAAAUAAAAUGCAGUUCAACAAGA